CAACAAAAUAUACAAUAGAAAGCGGGCAGACGGCAGCACACACUGCAUCCGGCUUUUGCACGACUAUUCGCAUCUACUAGCAGCAAUUCUUAAUAAAAUACAAACGAACAAAGACCAUUAUAAUUUUAAUGUAAUCUCUACAGUGGCAAAUAUGCGACCGAAAAAUUGUUCUCACUCCAAUCAAAGAGGUUGGAUGCCGGCCUAUAGCGCGGCAUGGGUGACGGCCCUUUCAAUGCAGGUAAUGAGCGACGCGCAAGUCGCAACGCUACAAGCGGCAAUCGAUAACGAGGAAGUAGACGAUACCGACGGAAAAGCGCAAGCCGUCUGUGACUUAAGCGCGAUAUUUACGUCCUUCCUGAACAUCUUCCAUCGAAACAUGAUCAGCAGCGAAACUUGGCCAGAGAAAAAACAAUGAUUAGAGGACAUAGAAGAAUACUUACGGAGCAAAUUUAUUGGGGACCUCCUAGCUGCUGACAUCCGCGCAACAAUCAAGAACUUCAAAGCAAUUAUGGAAGAGCUGCUGGAGGCUUACCCUGACGAAACCAUCGCGCCGUACAGGGUAAGCCAAGAUCUGCUAGAAAGAUUUUUCAGCAACAUGGCAAUCAGGAAUAGCAACAGAAAGUGCCGAUCAUCCACAAAUAUAAUGGCGCUGAUCGCAAGACUAAGAAACGUACAGGAGGAGUGCUGGGCAGAAGCAGUCGAAAAGAAGGACGAUUACCUCCUCAUCGAAAAACUACUGUACGAGCUUGAAGCGCCGGCCAUAUUCGAAAAUCUAAUCGUUCAGCCGCUAAACCGCAAUCUUGAAGAGUCCCUGAGGCUGCUCACAGGAUGUGGUAUAGCACGCUACAUUCGUGAGCAGCUGCAUUGCGAGGAAUGUCUACAAGAGUUCACGCUGAACGAAGACGCCUUCUGCUAUUUGAAACAAGGUCGCAAGGUUGCCAGAAAUAAGCUGAAUAGUCUGACGUGGGUUUUAAAAUAUUUGAAACCAGAUUUACCAACAGAAGAAGUCAAUGAAGCUUUCCAAAGAGCGUACGAAAUUUUCUACGCGACAAUGAAGCAGUACAUGACGGCAAAAAAAAUAGGCAUGCGGCUACAAGCAACGAUAAUAGAACGAAUUCCCUUUUUCCGAAGACCAGGAUUAUGCAGCAGAAGUGAGCUGCACCGGAGAAAUGUGCUCGGGUUCCUGCUGAUAACAUUACUGUCCGGAGUAAAUUUCAGAGAGAAAAUGGACACAAAGAUAACGUGGACCUAAGUUCCUCUGCGCGCCAUCUCCACCCUCCUCGCAAUACUCGUUGCGUUCCAAUGAUUAACAAUAUAUAAUUAAUAUAUUAAUGCAGACAUGCCUAUCGCGUGGCUAUGUUAAAUCGUUUGCUCUAUGCUCUGACAUGUCGUACAUCGUGCAAAAUAUAACACGCAUUGCGGGCGAUUGUCUUGCGUAAUAAUGAUUCGAUACUUGCAGGGCAUAUAUUGCAAGCGUGCAAAUUGUUUGAACGACAACAAUGAGAUUUGAAAAGUCCUAUGCAUCAGUUCUUGCAUAUCAAUAUCGAGAAAAAAUAAGAAAACAGAGGUGUUAGCUUAUACACACUUCGUGAAAUAGAUAUCGCUAAAGGAGAAUUGCCCAUGUUCAAUGUUGAUGACACUUUGCAGCCCAUAACGCGUACAGUGUUACGUAUUAAAAUCAAUAUAUGGCCAGACUUUGUUUGGAAUGAUCGGGUACAUGGUAAAACAAGUCAAAAUUUUUGGUUAUUGAUUGAAGAUCCCGAAUUCAAUUUUAUCUAUCAUUCCGAAUUGUUCCAGGUU